AUGCGUCACCCUGGAGCCGGAAAAAUUGCAGCUGCUUUAAAGGAAAAUCGGUCAAUAACAACAUUGGAUCUGGGUGGAAAUAACAUUCACGCUGAUGGUGUUAAUGCCGUUGCUCAAGUUUUAAAAGAUAAUUUAGUGAUUACCACUUUGGAACUUAGUUAUAAUCCCAUUGGACCAGAUGGAGCCAAGGCCUUGGCUGAAGUUCUCAAGUUUCAUGGGAACAUAAAAACCCUUAAGCUUGGUUGGUGCCAGAUAGGAGCAAAAGGGGCAGAGUUCAUUGCAGAUGCUUUAAAAUACAAUACCACAAUAUCAAUUUUGGACUUGCGAGCGAACGGACUACGAGAUGAAGGUGCACAGUGCCUGGCUCGCAGCUUGAAAGUGGUUAAUGAAGCUUUAACCUCCCUAGAUUUAGGAUUCAAUGAAAUAAGGGAUGACGGAGCUUUUGCUAUUGCUCAAGCACUCAAGUCUAAUGAUGAUGUAGCUGUUACAUCCCUUAACAUUGCAAGUAACUUCCUUACAAAAUUUGGGCAGGGUGCCUUGGCUGAUGCAAGAGACCAUGUCUUGGAGAUGACCGAAAAGGAAAUCAACAUCUUCCUCUAGAAGACAUUAUAUUCUGCAAUAAAUAUUUUUUUAUAAAAGAGCAUUUUUCUUUUAAUUUUGCAUAUAUGCUGCCGGCAAUUACUGGUAAGAACUCGUCAUGUCAAAUUUUUUAGUUCUAACCAAUUUAUCGAGGGAAAGUAUAGAAAUUUGUUCGCAGUUUAGCCUUAUAUUGUUGAUCUUGAAACCGUUACAGCGGUUGGAUGAUACAGUUGACAACAAUAGUGAUAGCUUGUCGGUAUAGUUAUCAUGUGCAGAUGGAGUUUAGUUUUGGCAGCAGCAGAUUUUUCCUCCGAAUCAUAGUUGC